UGCAGCAGAGCAGCACAGAGCACGCAGGCGGACACAGCGCCAGGUUUCUCUCCGAUUCACGUCUCCUGUCGGCUGGUUGAAAUCAAAUUGACGUUAUUUUCCGAGCGUGUAACCCGAGUUUCCUUUAAAUAUCAGUUUUUUUAGGAGACUUUUUUUCAAAGACUUCUGAUCUGUCACCAAUCCUCACAGGAUGCGCGCAAAGACUCUGGAGAAGAUGUCCAAGAUGUCCAACAUGUCAUCCCCCAGCAGCAGCAGCAGCGCUUCCAAAUGUUCCGUACACUGUUUCCAGACUGCGUGUGGUUUGGUUUUGUCCGUAUUCUCAGUGAUCUUUUGUGUAGUCAUCACCUUGAGGACUUCUCACCUGGAGCACAGGAUGCAGUUUCUGGAAAGAGAGCGUCUUUCGGUCUUGAGCUCUGCACCUCCAUCAGUGCAGGCGAACAUCUCUCUGUGGGAUGCGAUAGAAAAACUCGUGCAGAAGAGACUCAUGGAGGAAGCGCCUAGACUCCGUACACCAAGAGAAGUAGGCCAAGACUGCUCUUGCCCCCCAGGACCCCCAGGUAGACGUGGAAAAAAAGGAAAUCCUGGAACUCCAGGAACUCCAGGGAGAGAUGGCUACCCGGGUCCUCUGGGUGUGGAUGGUAAGAAUGGUCUUCCUGGUCCUAAAGGCAGUCAGGGAAUACCAGGACCAAAAGGAGAUAAGGGUGAUCAGGGAGACGUUGGACCCAGGGGCCCUCCAGCACACGCUGCCUCUGCUGGUCUUCUCAGUAAUCAGAUUCUUACAGUCAAGGGUGAUCAGGGUCAGGCUGGGCCUCCAGGUCCCCCAGGGCCUCCUGGACCAUCUGGCCUCAGAGGGCCCCCAGGAACCAUGGGUACAGAUGGACCCCAGGGCCACCCAGGAGAGCCGGGUCUUCCUGGCAAAGAUGGGAACGAGGGUCCAAGAGGGCUACCUGGUAUAAAGGGUGAUGUUGGAGAGCCUGGAAUGACUGGACUUCAGGGUCCUCCAGGGCUAAAGGGAGAACAAGGUGAGCCAGGUGUUGAAGGGAAAAGAGGCAUGGAUGGACCACCAGGGAUGCAGGGAGAGAAAGGAGAUACUGGAUCACCAGGACUCCAGGGUCCUCCAGGAGUCUCUGAAAACAUUGAUCUGUCUGAAAGGUUACAUAUUUUGCCGGGUCCACCGGGUCCACCAGGACCUCCAGGGGGGCAAGGAGUAAAGGGAGAGAUGGGGUCUCCUGGGAUUGCUGGCACUGAAGGCAAACAGGGUGAAAAGGGAGAAAGAGGAGAUAAAGGAGAACCUGGAGUGUCAAGAGAAAAGGGAGAGAAAGGAGAUAUAGGUCAGCCUGGGCCAGAGGGAGCUGAUGGGCAGAAAGGAGACAAAGGAGACUCCAGAAUUGAAGACAAUAUGGCUCAGAUUAUUCCAUUGCCAGGUCCUCCAGGGCCUCCAGGACCACCUGGCCCUCAAGGAAUCAUGGGACUUCAUGGAAUACCUGGCCAAAAGGGAGAGCAAGGGGAGGCAACAAAAGGAGAAAAGGGGGACGUUGGAGAGAAAGGUCCACAUGGGCCACGGGGUCUUCAGGGUUAUCCUGGAUCUGAUGGCUUGGUGGGUCUUCCGGGAGCAAAAGGUGAAAAGGGAAAACAAGGAGAGCCUGGAUUAGAUGGUUUCCCAGGUUUCCGAGGAGAGAAGGGUGACAGAGGCGAAAGAGGAGAAAAGGGUGAAAGAGGCUCAUUAGGGAAAAGAGGUCUAAAAGGAGAGAAAGGAGAGCAGGGGCCUCCAGGGCUGGAUCAGCCUUGUCCUGUGGACCGGGAUGGACUACCAAUUGCAGGAUGCUGGCAUAAGUGAUAACGAACCAGAAGCUUUGGAAUCUGUAAAUACGGAUAUAUAUAUAUAUAUAUAUAUAUAUAUAUAUAUAUAUAUAUAUAUAUAUAUAUAUAUAUAUAUAUAUAUAUAUAUAUUUGAACUAACAUUUUUUUUACUUUUUUCUUCUUAAAUUUUUGUAUGUUCUAUGUAAUAUACUGAGAGUUGAUUACAAAAGAUACUUUAAGCUCCAUGUGGACUAUAUUGCUGCUUUUUCAGCAAUGAACGACUAAUUUGGAGGACUAAAGCAGAAAAGGUUGCUUUGAGAUCAACUGUGGAUUGCACAUGGACUUAAGGUCUGAGGGAGAACUCUGAUGCUGGUCUAGACUUCAGAAAAACCACCAGCAUUUGGAUAUAACAACCAUAACCAGCAAAAAACCCAAAUCCGUCUAACAGACUGUGCAGCAUGAAACAUGAUUCUGAACUGAACUGUUUUAAGCAGUCCUUGUUUUGCUAAAACACUCAGUUUGUACAUAACUUAUCAGCAGCAAAGAAUUUCAUGGUGUGUAAUUGUGAAAACUGUACUACCCUGAGAGAGUCAUCGCUGUGACAACUCAAAAAUGGAACUGCAUGGGAUUUUAAUUAUUGCAUGGAAAAAACUCCAGAUGAAGAAGUACUCAUAUCAAAAGAAACCGGUCUGGGUUUUUUAUUUUUACAGCUAAAUAAAAAUCUGGAAAUGAAACCAUUAUAAUAUGAAAGUUUGCACUACAAGAGGACAGGAAGUAAAUGAGAUUUUGAGCUCAUAAGAAUUUAAACUUUUUAAUCACUGUUUUUUUUAAUUCUGUGUAAAUAAUAUGUAUAGUUAUUCCCCUUCAUGUUUAAUACGGUUGUCCUUAUGAAAUACAACGAUUUGUUUUGUGUAUUCCUCUCAACAUUUCUUUAAUACAGUGCCUGUCAAAAGUGUGUGAACAUCUAGUCUUCAAAGUUUUUAAGAGAUACAUGCAUGUUCCUUUUGUUGUAGGUAAUUUACCAUGAAUGAAGAUUUUAUUCGACCAAACAAAUUUAGAAAUGUACAUUUGUUCAACUUUAUUUUCAUUGAAAAAUGCUUUCUAACAUGAAUAACAGAUUUUUACACUCUUGGCACCUGGAUAGUUUGUUUUUCCAGUCAUUCAGCUGAAAUACUUUGACUCUGUUCCUCAUGUAAAAUUUGCUAAAGGUGUUCUUCACUAGUUGGAGAUAUUUUUUUGACCUUGCGAUCCAGUUCAUCUCAGAGCAUUUCAAUAGCAUUUAGUUGCAGUGACUGGGCAGGUCAUUCCAUGAUAGAUAACACUAUAGACGACUGUUUGCUCUCUAAAUACCGUUUACUGAGCUUAGAUGCACACUUCAUCUCAGUGCCUUUUGGUAUGGUGAAGUUGGUUACAAUGAGCCGUAGUCCAGACGGAUUUCCAUGGUGUUGAAGUAUGGAAUGGCAGCCAUGUUGGUUCAGGAUUCCUUUUACUUUCCAGAAUAAGUCUCCAACCUUCCCUGCUCCAAAUCAACCCCAAAACAUUAAGCUUCAACAUCUAUUCUUUGACUGUGUGAGUAAGGCAGUCUGGUAACCUCUUCUGCUAACAUCCUCUCCUGUUCUCCAUCUUACACCAGUUCUUCUGUUAGAGCCUACAGAGUCUACAGAACUAUCUUCAAUAAAUUUACUGUCAAAUUUUUGUUCAUAUUUUUACUUUUAACUUGGUUACCUAGGCACAUGCAUGUGUCUCAAAAACCAUAAAAGACACAAUGUUCCCAAACUUUUGACAGGCCCUGUACAUUUGUACAUUUGUGUCAUGCAGUAGGAUUCCUUGUGUUAAUAGCAUGCUGUGUUAUAUUGUUUUACAUAUAUUACAGCUGUGUUUUGUAUCAAUUUGAUCUGAUUUGUGUUUUAUAUUGAUGGAUGUAUUUUUUAGCUGGACAAAUAUGUUUUGAUUGUGUAGUUUGGUCACAAGAGCUCCAAGGGCUUGAAUAGUAUAACUUUAAUUAAUUUGAUUCCAUUAUUGUAUGAUGGGGUUGUUUUAUAUGCCUUUUAACAGCAAAACCGACAGUCUACUUAUCUUUUGGUACAAUUAACAUGGAAAUUCUAAAUAAAUUAAUAAUGAAUUUAUAGCUGAUUUGUACAUUUUUAUUAAACUGUUUAUUUUUUAA